UCAGGCAGCAGCACAGGAGCUUCUCCAUGGGAGAGAAGAACCAGGGCUGGGAGCUGGUGUGAUGGACAGUAAGGAGAGCUCUGGACAACACGUGUAUGCAUGGCAUAUGAGAGCUUCUCUGGACCAGGAGAGAGGACCUCUGGACCAACACCUUCUCAGCCACCUGAGGACCUACCUGACAGUAACUCAGCUGGGCUAAGAUCCCUGGGGCAGUGAGGAGCCCAUGCAGGUGUGGAGAAGAUGACCAUGUCUGACCAAGUCAUUAGGGGCAUCUCCUGCCAAGCACUUGCCAGCAUUCCUGUAACAGAGCAGAACCAGCUUGUCACCACCAGAGCCCACUCCCAUCUGCAUUCAUGACUGACAGACCCUUAAUUACAAGUGGACAAGACUUGGUCAGUCUCAACCGAACCAACUCUACUGAUUGUGGAGAGGAGAUCCUACUCUAUGGAGACACUGAGAAGAUUGUCAUUGGGGUUGUCCUUUCCAUCAUCACCUUGUUCACCAUUGCCGGCAAUGGUUUGGUGAUCAUCUCCGUCUGUAUAGUGAAGAAAUUAAGACAGCCCUCUAACUACCUGGUGGUGUCCCUGGCAGCUGCUGACCUCUCGGUGGCCGUGGCUGUGAUGCCUUUUGUCAUAAUCACGGAUUUGGUUGGUGGAAAAUGGCUUUUCGGGAAGGUUUUCUGCAAUGUCUUUAUUGCCAUGGAUGUCAUGUGCUGCACAGCCUCCAUCAUGACUCUGUGUGUAAUCAGUGUGGACAGGUACCUCGGAAUUACACGACCUUUGACAUACCCAGCAAGACAAAAUGGAAAACUUAUGGCUAAGAUGGUGUUCAUCGUAUGGCUCCUCUCUGCCUCUAUAACCCUUCCGCCAUUAUUUGGAUGGGCCCAAAAUGUCACAGUGGAACAGAUGUGUCUGAUCAGCCAAGACUUUGGAUACACAGUCUACUCAACAGCUGUUGCCUUUUACAUCCCAAUGACCGUCAUGCUUAUAAUGUAUCAGAGGAUCUUCAUUGCGGCUAAAAUCAGUGCCGAAAAGCACAAAUUUGUAAACAUCCCUCGCCUGUAUGAACAAGAGGGAAUAUAUUGCUUGGAAGAGAAGAUUCCACCCAAGAAGAACUCUAAAAAGAACAAAGCAGUAGAAGAGUUUGCCACCUUGUCCAAGCUGAUACGACAAGAUCGUAAGAACAUCUCCAUCUUCAAACGAGAACAGAAAGCAGCCAGGACCCUUGGGAUAAUUGUGGGAGCCUUCACGUUUUGCUGGCUGCCAUUUUUCUUGCUCUCCACAGCUCGUCCUUUUAUCUGCGGUAUAAGAUGCAGCUGCAUGCCGCUCAGAUUGGAGAGGACACUCUUGUGGUUGGGUUAUACUAACUCCCUGAUUAACCCCCUGAUCUAUGCCUUCUUCAACAGGGACCUGAGGACUACUUUUUGGAACUUGCUGAGAUGCAAAUACACGAAUAUCAACAGAAGGUUAUCAGCAGCUAGUAUGCAUGAGGCGCUGAAAGUAACAGAGAGACACGAGGGAAUUUUGUAGGGUUCUAGAGGGUUCUACUUAUCGACUUUUAUCGACAUUUUACACAACGUGACUGUUUUGGUGUCAAGCCUCCAAAAGACAAGAAUGUCCAGUGCCUAUUACAUGGGACAGUGCUUUACGGUGAACAAUGUAUUCAAAUCUUGUUUUAUUCUUUCUCCAUUAUAUAAAUAUUUAAUAUUUAUUAGUUUCAUUUAAUAUUUACCACCAGGAUGUGAAAAAGUACCUUUGCCGUUGCUCACCAAGAAGAACCGCAUUCUGUGCUUGAAAGACAGCUCUUAUUAUGUACAGAAACGUUCGGAGAAAGCAAUUUAUACUUUAUGCAUCAGUGAAUUAGCUACUUCUAAUGCAGUGGCCAUUAAUGAAUGUAAAUGCUGUGUGUUUUAUCUUCGCUCUUAAUUAUUGUAGCUUACAGGAGGGCAGAUUCCACAAAGCAAUUCCAUUAAAAGGUAUUCAUUGGAGUCAUUCUGAUAAUUCUCUUUCCACCCCCCCCCUCAAUAUUUUGGAGAAUUGCUUUGUAAUACACAGGUAUAUGUAUCGAGUCAUUUCACAAAUGAAAUGACUAGACACAUAUACCUAUCUCCAAAAGUAUGGUGUCAAAAAUUAGAAACAGUGGUCAAAUAAGAUCGGUAUGGGUGGCAGUGAUGAACAAUUUUUCGAAUAGACUGAAAAAACUGCAUAUUAUAUG